CCCUGGCACGAGGCCCCGCCCCUUUCCCGGUAUUUUCCGGGCUGCUGGGCUCAGCUCCGCUAGCCCAGGGACUGGUGCGGCUGUUGCUCCUUCCCGCCGCACUCUUCUCUCUCCCACCGCUGCCGCCAGUGGUAACUAGCUCCAGCGCCAUGAGGCCGGGGUGAGCCUCCCCAGCUAAGCUGCACCUCUCUUUGGCUGCUCCAGCUAACCCGCUGAGGUGUGGGAGUUUGGGAUUCCUCUGGAGGGGAGCACUUGGCUGCAAGGGCAGGAGAAUGAGUGGGCAGCGUGUGGAUGCCAAAGUUGUGAUGCUGGGCAAAGAGUACGUGGGCAAGACCAGCUUGGUGGAGCGAUACGUUCACAACUGCUUCCUUGUGGGACCCUACCAGAAUACAAUAGGUGCUGCAUUUGUAGCCAAAGUGAUGCAAGUAGGAGGCCGGACAGUCACCUUGGGAAUCUGGGAUACAGCAGGCUCAGAACGGUAUGAGGCCAUGAGCCGGAUAUACUACCGAGGGGCAAAAGCUGCUAUUGUAUGUUAUGAUCUUACUGAUAGCAGCAGUUUCCAGAGGGCAAAAUUCUGGGUGAACGAGCUGCAGAACUUUGAGGAGAACUGCAGGAUCUAUUUGUGUGGCACCAAGAGCGAUUUGUUGGAUGAGGACCGGAGAAGGCGAGGAAUGGACUUCCAUGAUGUGCAGGACUAUGCAGAUGAUAUCAAAGCUGAGCUGUUUGAAACCUCCAGUAAGACUGGACAGAAUGUGGAUGAACUCUUCAUGAAGGUGGCUGAGGACUACGCGCAGCUUACCGCCUUUCAGGAGAUGACAGAGGAGAAAGGAGUUGAUUUGAGCCAAAAGAGCACUACCGCCUACUUUUAUAACUGUUGCCAUCACUGAGUUCUUUCCUUAUUUUGCCAAAAACAACACUCCCCUCCUGGGAUAGCAAUUCAUGCUGUUCUGAUGGUUCACACCAUUUUCCUGCUUUAUGGAAUGUCUUGCCUUUGGACAUGUAGAGCAUCACUUGCUGGCGCUUCUCCUUGGAAUGGGAAGGGAGGGGGAGAGAAUACAGCAGACCCAGGGGUUCACUGCACAUGCUGGAAGACCUGCUGCCUUGUUGACGAGAGACCGUGAUUGCCUUGUGCUGCCAUCCCUUCCAGCGGCUGACUUAAAUUCUUGAAGCGUGUCAAAAUGUGCUGUUUUUCAUAAACAGCUCCCUACUGAAGAGACCCUGUGCUGGCUGUGGUCAAUUCUGCCAUUUUGAAGUUGUUGCCCGAUUCUUUGCUUUAUUAUUUAAAUGGCUUCUACUGAGCUACAUCAGUGUAAAUAAAAGUGCAUUGUGAUUCUGUGUUGUUGAGAAA